UUUCCCAGUAGAUUUAACAGACUCCAUUCCUUAUUCUCAGUGUCUUGCAAUUGGAUACUUAUCUAGUGAGAACCAUGAUUUUUCCAAUGAAUCAGAGGCAAUGUGCCAGUUCUUCAUAAGACAUAGCUAUCCUGCCUUAAGCGGGACAUCACUGCACCCAACAAUUUCAUCGACAGUCAAGAGACUGAUCGAAUUCCAUUCACACUCACAUUUCAUUUUACCCUCGCAAUAAUUCUAAAAAAGAUUUUAACUACUUUAAAAUGAUCCCGAAACUGGUAUUAAUAAUAUUUCUUGUUUUUCAUGUUACCAUGUUCCAUAUGGGACAUAUUAUUGAGCCUACGAAUAUAAAUAGGUUUCCAGCGGCUUCCCAAGUGACACGCGAAGCAAAAUGGCGGUUGAACUUCCUACUCUUCGUUCGCUGCAAGACUUCGUUACUGACGCCCAGUUUACUGCUCCAACAUUUCGCGACAGGGAUAGAAUGGAGAACAGGAUGAUCAAUAACCUCAUAUAUUAUCAGACCAACUACUUCAUUUGUGCAAUUCUAAUUGUCAUUGUGGUCGGGACAUUGUAUCCAAAGGAUUUGAUCAUUGGUGCUGUCACAUUCAUUGUUGCCUUUGUGUUAUUUGGCAUUGCCCAGAGUAAAGAGCCAAGAUUUGCACAUCUGAAGAGUCAGUAUCCCUCCCUGGUACCUAUUGCUGUGGUUGCCUUAGCAAUGCUUGUUAUUUAUGCCCUGGGAUCCACACUGGUAUUCAUCGGGGGGGUGACAUUGCCAAUAGCAGUAAUUCUUCUUCAUGCAGCAACAAGGAAGCGAAACAUAAAAAACAAAUUUGCCAAUACAGUGGAGCUGUUUAAGGAAGAUGUCACACCCAUGACUAUCUUGCUCUCAAAGAUAUGUUCCACCAAAGAAGAAAUGAGAUGAAUGAGAAAUUUACUAUAAUUUUUAAAAAAAUUCACUUCUAGUACAGUGGUUUUUAUAUCAAAAAGGAAUGUAUCAAAUUGGUAUUUUUGAUGCUAGUGGCAUGAGUCAUUUUUUGCAUAUGAACAGUUAGUAGUAAGCUGCAAUUUACGAGAAAAGAAACAGUUUAAGGUGGAUUACCCCUCCUUCAAAAAUGAAAAAUUUUUGCAUUUGACCUGAUCAGUCUUAGGAAUGCCACAUACAGACAGAUACAAGAUAGAAGGAGCCUGUAGGGGUACGUAACAUAAUUUGAAAGAAGUAAAGUCAUACUUUUAAAAUCA